AUGGCUACCUCCGGGAUGGCGGUCCCCGAAAGCCCCCAACGCGAAACCUCUCGAUGGAAGAAGAAGAAGUCAGUCUACCGCACGGUCAGCCAUAUCUGUCCCCCACCGAGGCGACCCCUGGCCAUUGCCGACCUGCGCCCAGGCAUGGAGAACGAGAGGCUGGGGAUCUUGCGGGACUCCAUGCUGCAGAACCCACUCAUCUUAAAGGCUGAACUUGGGAAGCCUCAGGAAAGGAGUAGCACUCUGCCUGGAAUUAAUUUUAACUAUGGACUGUAUGUUCGUGGGCUGGAUGGAGGAGUCCCAGAAGCCAUUGGACACUGGAAUGUCUUGAAACCACAACCCACCUCCCCCCAAGCUUUGACUCGUGACUUUAUUGCCAUGAACCGAGGUGCAGUCAAGGCUGGUCUAGUGACAGCCAAGGAACAUUUCUUAUACCGCCAACUCAAUGAUAUCCGAAGGAAUGACAAGGAUGAGAGGCGUUUCAAAAAGGACCUGCCAUCUAUCCCUCCAGAUAUGAUCUUUGGGAUCCGGUCACGGCCUUCCACACCCUUCUUUGAUCUGAUGCAACACAAGUACCAGCAGCUAUGGGUACAGGAACAAAAAGCAGCUCAAAAAGCCAUUAAAAUGGAGAAAAAACACAAGGUCACCCUUGGGAGGUUUUAUGAGACUCGGACCUGUCAGCAGAGGAAGUAUAAACCACCGGUGAAACUGGACCCUCUUUGGCACAUGCCCCACUUUCAAAAGGUGAGCUGCAAUCUUAACACGUUUCCGAAUGAGAAAGCUCGCUAUCUGGCAUACAAAGCCCACUAUGAUGAAUUCUCAACACGCCAAGGAACCCUGCAUCUGGGCAACUACACCCAUCCCUAG